GACUUGCAGAUGAUCCAUUAAAUCACCAGUCAAUGAUGCAUGCGCUUGAGUUUUUAGAUAAUUCGCAAAUAAAAAAAAAUCCUAAAGAUUUUAAAAAAUGUUAUCGGGAUGACACAAUAGGCGCUUGGAGUUAUAGUACUCGUGAUCAAGGAUAUAAUGUUUCUGAUUGUUCAGCUAUAUGUCUUGAGGCUGUACUUAAUCUUCAAAAUAAACUUAAUUACACACCAAAGCUAAUAUCUAAAGAACGACUUUGUCAGACCAUUGACAUAUUAUUAGCUAUGCAAAACUCUGAUGGCGGAUUUGGGAGCUAUGAACGUAUUAAAGGUUCAAAUAUUAUGGAACAGUUAAACCUUUCAGGAACUUUUAAAAAUGUAAUGGUUGAACAUAAUUACCCAGAAUGUACAUCUAGUGUUCUAAAUGCUUUACAUACUUUCCAAAAACGGUAUCCGGAUUAUAGGGCUACUGAAAUAGAAAAAGCUUCCAAAAAAGCACUUCAAUACCUACAUAAUUCUCAAUAUGAACAUGGUGGUUGGUAUGGAUCUUGGGGCAUUUGCUUCACGUAUGCUACUAUGUUUGUUAUACAAUGUCUGAAAAAGUAUGGAGAAACAUAUGAAAAUAGCCAGGUAGUUAAAAAAGGAUGUGACUUUUUAAUUUCUAAACAAAAAGAAGACGGUGGUUGGUCAUGUGUUACAGAAACUUAUAUACAUCAUGAAAACUCACAAGUUUUAAACACAGCUUUUGCAUUGCUUGCUUUAAUGGCAGGUAAAUAUCCAAAUGAAGAGCCUAUUCGACGCGGUAUCCAGCUUAUUGCAUCACGACAAUUGCCAACUGGGGAAUGGAAAACAGAAUAUGCAGAAGGAAUAAUUAACAAUAUGACAGUUACUUAUUCAGCUUAUAAAUUUAUUUUUCCUGUUUGGGCAUUAGGCAU